UAAAUAUAAUAAACAAUUGUUGAAUUUUACUUAAAUGAAACUAUUAUCAGUAAUUUAAAUGUUUAUUUAGUUAAUCAUAAGUUAACUUUUUACCUGACCAGGUGGUCAGUAGGUGUCAAAAUUGAAAGUCUUCAAGGAAUACACCAAAUUUACCUGUAAACUUAAUCCCUAUACAAAAAGGUGUGAAGAAAAGAUGCCACUUUGAUGGACUUUGUAUAUUGCAAUUUCCCCAUUUAAGAAAAUGUUCCUUAGACAUUAUAAAUUGUCAUUACACAGGGCAAUAAAACUAUUGUUUUAUCAAAUCCUGUCUUUUGUUCUUUUUGAAAUUGUUGACGUCGUAUAUUGUAAAUAUUUGGAUGUCUCAGCUGAUGUAGAAGAUGUGAAGAUAUAUAAAGACUUUUGAACUGUACCAUAUAUACUCAAAUGCAUUUUGAAGUUAGUCAAGUCAACAAGUAAUAAUCCUGUAAAGAUCAAAGAGAAAAUUAAGAAUUUGUAAAAGAUGGCUCAUCACCAAGGUGUCCUUCCACACUGCAAUACCCAUGAGUCCAUGCUCACAUGCUUAGAGACAGUCAUCAGUGAUGUUCACCUAGAUCUCACCAGCAUUGAUUCAGAGGUCAACAAAUGUUUACCCACCAAACACCAGGUGCCAGGCAACACUGUUACACCACCUUUCUUCACAGAGCCAGCUAGCAAGAUACCAAUUUGGACAGGAAUCCUACCAGUAGUUGCUGAACUCACCAAGUCUCAUUCAUCUGCUAUUAACACGUCCGACUGUAUUUCCUGUGUUCCAAACCUACCCAACAUUCUCCUGUCGUUAGAGAAGGAAGUUGACCGCCAUGUACAGUUUGUUACCUACAUCUAUGAGAAGAUAAAUGCCAUGCCAUCAAUAAACAACACAGCUUCUAUAGUUACAUCUCAGUCUCACCUGAUGCGCUCAUCUUCUAUGAGUCGCUGUAAGAUUCGCACCAAUCCAAGUCUUCCAAUUCUUCAGCGAUCACCAAAGGUUCUAAACUUGUCUCAGUCACACUUAUAUGACAUCACAUCAGUAAGUCAGCAGAUGAAUACCUCCACUUGUAGUACAGAGUCUUUACAAGAUGCAGCAGACAAUCAACCCAGUCCACCAUGCUUAUGUUGCAGAAAUUGUGCCAAUGCCUUGAGAUGGUUCAGUGAAUCCAUAUGCAGUAAAGUCCAGUCCUUGAAAGAUCAGUGUCACAACCUCCAGUCAAUACUUAUGGCAGAACUAAAAGAAAGAGAAAAAGAACUUAUGAUACAACUAGCCCAGAAACGUAAAGCCAAACAGACAGUUACCAACAAUUUCAGUCGUCUAGAGGGCCUAGGUCAACAAGGUAUUUCCAUAUGCUCCAGCAUCCAGAUAUUUGCACCAGUUAACUGGGAUCAGUCUACCAGUAGUAUUUACAACCAACCAAGUACCAGGUAUGCAGCAGACGGUCAGUCAUGUGAUGAAGAGUCUACCAAUCCAACUAUACCAACCUUGUCAACAACAGAAGGGUCAUACAGUAUUACCAUGAGCCAAGUUCCUGAGCAAUCUCCUCCACCAGCACCUCAGGUUAGCCUCUGUUCUGAACCAAACAUGUACCAAGACAACAUUUAUGAUGAACCUAUUGUCCAUGUCAAGCAAGAGAUAACUAAUCAGCAACCAUCAGCCAAUACAACAGCAGAUAUGCUCUACAGAACUGUACCACAGAGUCCUAUGCCGGAGCUGUUAGAGUACCAACGUAGACGUAGUAGUUCCAUGAACCAAUAUAGCUGCCCCAUCAGCAAAGACAACUUCCGCAAACGUUCUCACACAAUUAGCCAUCCUGCUUCAGCCAAACAACAGUUGAGAGACUCAGAUCAUUAUUCCACCAUAGAUGAGAUGGCAGAGGUUUACCAGACUGAAGAUGAGCCACAACUUCCAUUACUUCAUGUCAAUUCUUCCAUUGGUGUAACUUUUCCUAACAACAAACCAAGAAAGAUGAAGAAGUCCAAGAGUUCCAUACUGGUCCGUGCCAAUAAGCUGAAGCACUUCAUCACCAAAAAGUUCAGUAGAAAGAGUUGGGGUGGUCAAGAAGUUAAGAAAUCACCUACUUCAGCUGAUGUCAAUCCUCCAGAAGUCCACUUUUUCGAGUACGCCUUCUCAGAUGAUGAUUCCUACACUUGUCCUGUCAACACAACUACUGAUGACACACUUGGUAACUUGUCUACUGUUACAGGUACUGAAGACACACAAACCUCACUCAAGAUUGACAGAUCAGUUAUAGCUAAGACAGAUGCACAGAUGACCUUCACAUCUUCUACAAGUCUUGACUACAAUUCCCUUCAUGAUCAUAUAGCUACCAUUGAAAGAGAACUCAACACAUCAGCUUCUUCAGACUUUGUUAUGUCAGACCAACCAGCCUGUAACUCUUCCAUCAGAAACCAGUCUUUCAUCAGCCAACCUAAGACAGGACAUAUGCAGAUGAUUAUUCCAGCAAAGAUUUCUUCUAGCCGUUUUGAGGCCCUACUUAUUUCACGUCCAGACAGCCUUUCAACCAUUUCUGAUAUUGAACAGAUUGAGACAACACCAGCAGCAGCUUCCAGUAGCAUUCAGCCAUGUACAAACACUGUAUCAAAAGAUGUAAACCAUGACAAUGCAACACGUAAGCGUCUAUUGUUUGACUCUAAAGGGUAUGCCAGCCCUACCAGUGAAAGUAUCUACAGUUUCCAUGAUGAUAGCAGUUUUGAUGUUAGCCAGAGUUAUGCAACCUUCCGUAAGCUUCAGAAGAUAUCUAGCACACCAUAUCAUCAACCUGUCAAAACCAUCGUUCAGAGUACACCAUAUGUCGUAUCUACAGCAACCACUAGUAUUCCACAGCAACUUCUAAAUCAUCUGUGCCAAGGUCAUUCAUCUGCUGAAGGUCGCCAGAACAUGUUAAAGCUUUGCCACAUUAAGCCAUACCUCAUACAUGGAAAAGUGACACUACCGUAUCUCUUGCAGCUGAUCAACAACAACAGAUAUAGUUACAGUGACUUACCAGGGUACAACCCAGGAACCAAGCAGAUCUCCCAGCAGAUGAUUUCUUGUGUUUGGUCACAGACUAACAGGUCCCACAUCUUUGCACGUAACCUGAUUUGGCGUCUGUUCACCCUAGCCGAGCUGUUUGGCGGUAAUACAGAUAACCUGAGGGGAGACAUCAUUGCUGCUGUACAAAGUGCCACUAUUGAACAGUACAAUAUUACAGACCAUACCUGGCAGUGGAAGUGUGUUCCCUUCAUCCACAAGAGCAUUAACUACUUGUUCCAGCAUAAACUCCGUCAUCCAGUAUUCCUUUGUUUACUUCAGCAGAGUGUAUGUUAGUUUCAUGUGACAUUGUCUUUCUAUCAGAAGAUUACAAGAAGAACAUUCUGAUUGAACAUAUGAUAUUUUUCAAAA